AUGGGUCGUACAAGCACCGAAGACGCAUCUCGCUCUAGAAGGCCAAAAGAGGCUACGAAUGCGGAAAUCGCAAAGCAAGUGCAUCGAAUCGUUUUGAGUGAUCGUAAAGUGAAAUUGCGCGAGUUAACUGAGGCCGUGGGCAUCUCAAAAGAACGGGCGGGAUACAUUUUGCACGAUGUUUUGGAGAUGAAAAAGCUAUUGGCACAAUGGGUACCGCGUUUGCUGACCAUCGACCAAAAACAGCAGCGCGUUGAUGAUUCAACGGCCGGUUUGGCGUUGUUGCAACAUAAUCGAGCGGACUUUUUUCGACGUUUUGUGACGAUGAAUGAAACGUGGGUCCAUUACCAUACACCUGAGUCCAAUAGGCAGUCUGCAGAGUGGCUGAAAAGCCACGAAAGCCGACCAAAGCGGCCAAAAGACCAACGCUCGGCCGAGAAGGUUAUGGCCUCCGUUUUUUGGGAUGCGCAUGGCAUAAUCUUCAUCGAUUACCUGCAGAAGGGAAGAACAGUUACGAGAGAAAAGGGCAUCCAAAUGUUGGAAAAUCACUAUACCAAGUGUAUCGCCCUCGAAGGCAACUAUGUUGAGGAAUAA